AAUUAGUAUGUUUGAAUUCCAUUGGUCGUGUUAACGUUGUACCUGUUGGGAAUUUCUCAAUGAUCGGCCAGAACGGGAAAUACCAGUGUACUUUCGUUUUGUAUAUAAUAUAUAGAAAGCCGAAAUGACUUCGCAACACGGUCUUCGGAUCUCCACAUUUACUAGGGAAGCCAUGUCUGUCAGACUGGCGACGAAAGGUUUUUUCAACUCUUUUGUUCCUAAUGUUACUCGAGAAUAUACGAGGCAACACCACUCAGUAACACGGAAGUCUUUACCAUUGGCACCGGCUUUAUUUGGAAGCCCUGCUGCGUCUUUCUCAAGUAAACCUGGUAAAGCUUUUAACGUUUGUGUGGAAGGGAACAUCGCUAGUGGGAAAACAACGUUUAUACAGCACUUGGAGAAAAUUGGAGAUAUUGACUUUAUUGAAGAACAAGGGAAACAGUCCAAUCUUCUGGAAGGACAUGUUAUGUUGGGAAGUGAAUUAUUAGGGAAAAUUUAUGAGGAUCCGGCAAGAUGGUCAUUUACGUUACAGAACUAUAUACAGCUGACAAUGUUAGAACAACACAUUCGAGUCUCACAAAAACCGGUGAAAGUGUUGGAACGGUCCAUCAACAGCGCCCAGUUAUGUUUUAUGGAAAUGUUUUAUAGAAGUGGCAAGAUGACUGAUAUGGAAUACGUUAUUCUCAGCAAAUGGUUUGACUGGAUAAGAAAAGCAAAAUGGUUUGACUGGAUAAGAAAAGCACAUAACCUGAAUAUUGGACUUACUGUUUAUCUUCGAACAACACCAGAAAAUUCUUACGAAAGAAUUAAAAGUAGAAAUCGACCAGAAGAGGCCAAGGUUACACUGGAUUGUCUGCGGACUGUGCAUGAACUGCACGAAGACUGGCUGAUCAGGAGGAAUGCAGGGUUUCCAACUGAAAGUCAUGUAAUGGUGAUAAAUGCCGAUCAACCAACAGAGGAGAUGGUGAGAGUCUUUUUGAGUAUUCUUAACAUCAUAAAUGACACAAUUUACAAAAGCUAGCACUGGUCCAUGGAGUUUAAAUAAAAGUAGAAGUACGUUGCGUCCGAACUGCUCGAAAAGUUAAUACAUGGAUACAACUAAACACAAAACACAGAACUGUGUAUACGCUGUGUGACAGACGUAACAAACUAUGAGGAGUCAUCAGCAACACUGUUCGAAGGUGCAUUGAUGUGCUUUUAAGACUUUACCGAAACUAAGACAAAGGUUUUUCCUCUUUGUAAAUGAUAAUCUACAGAAAUAAAUAGAAAUUGGCGAUUUGUCUGGACAGUCAGUUAGUUUUAGGGCUUUACAGUUGUUGACGUUAGUCUCUGUAUAUUAUUGAGAGAAUAAGUAAUUUGACGGGUUACGGCUCGGCUGAGAGUGACUGCGUUGACCCGUUCCUUAUUUAUCAAUGAAUGAAUCGGAGUUUCUGAUGGACAAGUGAGCCUGUCGAGCAAUGUUUUAUUGUUUACUGAUAUGUACUCUGUUGAAUGGUUAAUGUAAGAGUACACAUGCUUUUUGAUAUCAUCUAAUUAUAAAAGAAACCCCACAAAAGAAGUCUCUUUGAUAACUCGUACAUUAUCUUGCAAGGUAGUUGCGAUUCAUUUUGGAUAUUAUUUUGUUUUUGCAAUAUUACUCACUAUAUCAAUAUACUAUGAUGUAUUUUCUGUAUAACUAUUUGAUGGGUUAUAAUGCCUUGCUCAAUUAUUGUUUAUUACUAAUACAACUAUUGUGAUAUUGAUAGCUUAUAUUUAUGAUAUUUUGUUAUAUUUCUUAUUAUAAUUUUAUAUCUUGUGUUAUAAAAUGUGUUAGUUAGGCAGAGCAGGUUGUGUUUAAUUUUUUGAGUAGUUUUUAUUAAAUUGUUAUCUACGUAGUGAAAACGGACAAAUAUUAACUUGAGUGCAAGUAUCUGUUUUUAUAAUAAAAGAUGUUCGAAUACAAUAUGGUGUAUGUCAUCCCUAGUUAAUGGUUUGUUAAUGAAAUAAAU